AUGGAAGAAGUGCCGGAGGAAGACUUCAGAAUAGACAACAGCAUCGUCCGUUGCCGCAUGAGCGACAAGGUGCUAGAACCGGCAAGCAAGAGGGAGGUGCCUGUGGCCGAUGUAAUUAGUCGACACGUCAAGCAGGUUGCCGAUUUCAACAAGGCCCUCGAGAAACGGAGGCUUUGGAGAAAGAGAGAGAAAGAGCUCGAAGCAAAGCACAAGGACACAUGGGGAGUUUUGAGAUCUGAAUGGCAUGAGAAAGAGAGCAGGGAGGGUCCCAGUGCCUCCUCCAGCAGAGCAAAAAGGGUCCUAGACUCCAUAGUAGUGGAAGGUGUCGAUGAGGAUGUAGUGGAGCAAGUUAAGGAGAAAGUUGCGAGGGAGUUUGGUUCUGUUGAUGUGCAUGCCGCCGUCAGGCAAAGAGUUGCGAAGGAGAAAGAAGCGCAGCAACUGCAGCGGCAAAACGAACUUAGUGAUGCGUGGAUGCCAGACAGAUUCUACACUGAAGAGCUGAAACAGAAAACGCCAUGGUUUAAUCCUGUCGAAUUUCUUAACGAGUUGCAACCCAAGCAGCGCGAGGGGAGCCUCACCCCUGUCGCCUCCGACAGCGACAGCGAUUGUAAGGGGCGAAAGAAGAAGAAGAAGCGCAAAAAAGAAAAAAAGAAGCGCAAGAAGAAAGACAGAAAGCGGAAGGACUAG